AACUAUGGGUAAAGUGACCUUAUUACUGCUAUUUGUUCUAUUAGCUUUCGCCAAUGCGGCACCUCGAUUUGACUGUCUUCCCGAACCAAAUGGAAAUCAAGGAGCGUGUGAAGCAAGAGGAUGUAUUUGGAAAGAAGAUGAUACUGGUAAAAAUGCUCCAUGGUGUUACUUCAAAGACGGUGUCGGCUAUAACCUGGAUUCUCAACAAGGAUCUACUUAUAACUUGAGAAAAAAUGGUGGCCCAUCAAACCCAUGGGGCGCAGAUUCAACUGAAAUCAAGUUGACGACUAAGUCUAUUGGAAGCGUACUUAACGUGAAAAUUGGAAUUGAUGGCAGAUAUGAACCGCCAGUUGACUUUCCAAGAGAAACUCAAUCAUCUACAGAAUCCUUAUCUCUUUCCACCUCAUUUUCAAACGGCGUUUUCUCAUUCUCAGUUGUUCGACAGAGCACAAACAGAAAACUUUUCGAUACCUCAAUUGGCGGGCUCAUUUUCUCGGAUCAAUUCAUUCAAAUUGCCACGUAUCUGCCAAGUGAAAAUAUGUAUGGAUGGGGAGAAAAUACUCAUCAGAGUUUGAGACAUGAUUUCACUAAAUACCUGACCUGGGCUAUGUUUGCCCGUGAUCAACCACCAAAUUCUGGAAGUCUUGACACAGUGAACCUCUAUGGAGUUCAUCCAUAUUAUAUGAUCCUUGAACCAGAUGGCAAAGCUCAUGGAGUUCUGAUCAUUAACUCAAAUGCUCAAGAAGUGACAACUGCUCCAGGACCAUCAUUGAUCUACCGUACCAUCGGAGGAAAUCUCGAUAUGUACUUCUUCCCUGGUCCAACACCUGAAAUGGUUACUCAACAAUACUUGAAGUUUAUCGGAAAACCAUUCCUUCCAGCAUACUGGGCACUGGGGUAUCAGUUAUCCAGAUAUGGAUACAAAGGAUUGGCUGAGAUGAAAACUAGAAUUCAAGCUGUCCGUGAUGCUGGAAUUCCAAUUGAUAUUGGAGUUGCUGAUAUUGAUUAUAUGCAGAGAUACAAGGAUUUCACUACUGGAGACGACUGGGCUGGAUUUAGUGACUAUGUGAAGACAAUGCAUGAUUGGGGAAUGAAGCUCAUUUUGAUUUUCGAUCCAGCCAUUGAAGCCACUUAUCCAUCUUUCCAACGAGCAAUCGCUGCAAAUGCAAAGUUCAUUGAAUGGGAAACCAAAGCUCAAGUUCAAACUGCUAUUCAAAAUUUAUAUCCAAUGGCUAAGGACACUAAGAUCAUGUUGGGAGUUGUUUGGCCAGAUAAUCACGUGGCAUUCCCUGACUUUCUGGAUUCCACAAAUAACACUCAGAACUGGUGGAUCAAUGAAUUUGUGAACUAUCAAUCACAAGUUGCAUUUGAUGGAAUUUGGAUUGAUAUGAAUGAACCAUCGAAUUUCGGAACAAAUCAAGAUCAUCCAUGGUACUUUGACAGUGAUGAUCAUCCGAAUGAUGCUCCACUUUUCUGUCCAACAAAUGGAUCUUCACCAUGGGAAAUGCCACCUUACAAAACUCGUGCUGUUUGGAGAUUCGGAGAUGCCAACUCUGGAGCAUUCUUGUCCUCAAACACUUUGUGUAUGCUUGCUCAACAGGACGGAGGGAAACAAAGAUUCUACAAUGUAAAGAAUCUAUAUGGAUUAACAGAAGCAAUCAAUACACAGAAAGCAUUGUUCAAGGCAACUGGAAAGAGAGGAGCUGUUGUUUCUAGAUCAACAUAUCCAUCUGCUGGAAGAUAUGCAGGACAUUGGUUGGGAGAUAACACCGCUAGAUGGGAGGAUUUGAGAACAUCCGUGAUUGGUGCACAAGAGUUCAAUUUGUUCGGAAUUCCAUAUGUUGGAAGUGACGUCUGCGGAUUCAUCGGAACGACGACUGAGGAGCUUUGUUUGAGAUGGCAGCAGAUGGGAGCCUUCCACUCUUUCUUCAGAAAUCACAAUACAAUUGGAGCACCCGCCCAGGAUCCAGCUGUCUGGCCUUCAGUUGCAGCUGCUACAAAGAAAGCCAAUCUUUUUAGAUAUCAGUACUUGCCAUAUUUGUUCAGCCUUCACUUCACUGCUUCUCUAUCAGGAGCUACAGUAAUCCGUCCAGUAUUCUUUGAAUAUCCAACCGAUGCAGAGACUUUCAAUCUUGGAUAUGAAUUCAUGUGGGGAUCAAGAAUUCUAGUCGCACCAGUUAUUUAUCAAGGAACAACAUCAGUGAAUGCAUAUUUGCCAACUGAUAGAUGGUAUUCACUAUUCGACUACAGAUACGGUAGCAUUAUGUCGCCAGGAUAUGCAACUGUUCCAGCACCAACUACUUCCAGAAUUCCAGUUUUUGUAAGAGGAUACAGUGUUAUUCCACGUCAAACACCAUCAAUCACAACAACUGCAACUCGAUCGAAUCCAUUCGAAUUAUUGAUUGCACCAUGUCCACUUGGAAUGGGAGAAGGAACAUUGUAUUGGGAUGACGGAGAGACAAUUGUCAAUGAUUUCAAUUCUUAUGAUUAUCAUCAAUUUGAUUUCAUGUAUAAUUCAACUGCAACUGGUGGAAGUGUUACUAUAACUCACUCGAAAAAGAGCUCCAAAAUCUCGCUUCCAACUUUGGAUAUCAUUGAAAUUUUCAACUAUCCAAGUGCUCCAAACUUCCGAUCAUUCACAAUCAAUGGAAAAUUAGUGAAUGUCAAUGUUCAGAGAUCAACAUAUUCUGGAAUUACCAAAAUAUUGUACAUUUCCACAGAAGGGCUCGUAAAUUUGUCAUCUGCUGAUUCUAUUGUACUUCAGUGGUCGAAUGCUGGAAAUAGUAUGUUCGAUAUUUCGUCCGCUAGUUCAGAUGAAGUGGGAAAGAUGAAGGCGUUGAACACAAACCGAUACGACGAAUUGUAUUUUUAAUUUUAAUUUUUUAUGCACAUUUUUUCAUCCGAACAAUUGUUAUUAAAAUAAAAUCUUUUUAAUUGAAAUUGAAUUCGAAUAAACUAAUUUUCCGGAAUAAAGAUUCCCAUUGAG